AUGUGGUGUAUGCAAGCGUUGCUGAUCAUGUCCGCUGUCUCAGCCGGGUCGGCGGGGGUUUUCACCGAUGAUGAGGCCAGUAAGGUGGAAAUGUUUGUGGAGGAGGUCAUGCGGUGUAGACAUAUCCCUGGGUUGACCCUGGCUGUUGUGAAGGGGAGUGAGACGUGGACACGGGGGUUCGGACAGGCGGACAUUGAACAGGGAGCGAACGUCACCAAGGAUACAUUGUUUGGAAUUGGAUCAGUGACGAAGGCUUUCACGAGUACCCUCCUGGCCAUGAUGAUUGAUGAAAGUAAUGGAAGUGUUUUACAUAAACAAUUUUUUGUGGACGAGGAGAGAACAAGGGAGACUACUCUGAGGGAUCUUUUGUCCCACCGCACAGGCCUCCACCCGGCAGUCAUCAGCCUAUAUCCGGGAUUUGCCAAGAACUUCACGAGAGCUGAUUUUGCCAAGCGUUUCCGCUUUCUUCCGGAAGUCAAACCGUUCCGUGACGUGUUCGAGUACAACAACUGGGGGUACAUUCUGCUCGGCCGUAUUGUGGAAGUGUUGUCAGGGGAAUCUUAUGAAGCUACUUUGGAGAAACGGAUCUUCAAACCACUGGGAAUGAACCAGUCGCGUGUUCUGGGAAGGACGAUAACGACACAUGCAACAGAAAUGGCAAAACCGUACUAUAAUGUAGAGAACAAGCUCAUAUUAACGGAUCAAUCAAUUUAUGACAUACACCCAGGAGAGGCUGCGGGUGCUAUUGCGAGUUCAGCGGAGGACAUGGCUAAGUGGAUGCACUUUCUUCUGAGGCAAGGCGUAACGGAGGACAACGUCACAUUGGUUAAUUCUAAAACACUUGCGGAGGUCUUUAAACCUCACGAGAGUAUUCCUGCCGAUCCGUCUGUGUCAAAGCCGGAGUAUCCCGUGACGGAAUUGCGGUAUGGCUAUGGUUAUGCGUGGUUUAUAUCAGCAUAUAAGGGAUAUAGACAGAUGAUGCACACGGGAGGCAUAAAUUCUUACAUUACCUUCCUUAAACUCUACCCUGACUUGGACUUUGGAAUCUUUUCAAGCGCCAGUGGACCAGAAACAACGGAUGAGGCCAUUGCACAAAACACAAUCUCAUUCUAUGUUUCUGAUAUUUUAAUGGGUGAUCAACCUUGGCUAAAUUCUUCCACGGCAUGCACGUAUCCUUCGCCAUGGGGCAAGUUGCCACCAAGCACCCAAAAUAAUUCUGUUGUUACGAACUCGGACGUAGAAUGCCUAGAUUGUUAUGUUGGGAAAUACGGGCAGCAUCUGUUGGGUGACGUUGAUGUUAGGGAGGGACCAGGGUCGUCACUGGAACUUCACUACGGGAUGUUACGGGGCUCUCUCAAUGCCACAGAUGAUAAAACAUCCUUUAAACUUGACUUAUGGGACCCUUAUAGAUUUCUUGCUAGGCCAGGUAAUGCUACGGUUCUUGUAGAAGUAAACUUUCAUGGGUUAAACAAAGGAAAGUAUACCUACAUUGACCUCAUUUUAUCUGACAAGGUGACAUUUACCAGAGGUAUAAGCUUUAACGAUCAAAACAUAUUCACAAGAAGCAAACCUGAGACAAAUGGGCAGUGUGCCAAGAAAUUGAGUGAUCUGUUGUUGGUGUUAUUGUCACUUUAUUAUAUGGUAUUAUAUGUGUUGUAAUAACGUUCUCCCGUUGACAUCUUAUGACAAGAGAAUUGUAUAAUAAUUCUAGAGAGAAGGGUAACUCCUUCGAUUACAUAUUUAAUGCAUUGUAUUCAUAUCCCGCAACGUACACAGAUAAAACGAAUAUUUACUUAACGUAUCCCUUGUAAAAUAAAAAAAUUAAUAUGAUGUAUACCAUUUCCUUUCUUAAAUGUCUCAAUUUGGAGGAUUUUUAUCAAUGAUCAGAUUCAAUAUAUUUAGUAAUAUUUUGUUUCUUUUGAAUAAGAUGAAAAAUGGAGCAAGUCUGCCGCUAUUCAGGCAUGACAGCAACAAAAUGUGAGUUUUGUUUGUGCUAAAUUACAAUUGACCACAUGUACGAUAAUGUUGUGAAUCGUCACCAUUAUCUUUGGCCUGUUGAUGUAACGAACUAGUUGAUGCUUUUGGCAAAACGUCCCCUGCACGCAUUUGUGUACAUGUGUGUAUUUUAACCGCCAUAGACAAAGUCUAUGUAUACACAUGGUGAUCAAACAAAUACCAUUUGUUUACCUGAUUUUGAAUAGAAUGCAGUAAUUCCUCGUAUAUAUUUUGAGACGACCUGAUUUGGAUAAGCCACCACUUGCUGGGAAAUUUCUCUCACUGUGAAACACCAUAGGCUCCAUGCGUACCUGUAUGGAGCCGUGCCCAUUUAAUAAAUGUAUAUUCGUGUCAAGUGUGUCGUGAUUAUUUUAAUAAACAGAGAUUAUUUGCU